CUGUAGUGUGGAGAAGUGGCAGACUGGCGAAACUAGUAGUGCGAGCAAAGCAAAGCAAAAGCGAAAAGGAGAGAAGAGAAGAAGUGUAAGAGAAAGAAAACACAAGAAUUGGCGGCCGAAUUUCGGCCCCCUAAGGUGAUCGGCAUCGAGGAUUGGGCGUGUCGGUGUGCCGAACGGCGACGCCGUUUCGUCCGAUUGGCGGGCGAGGCGUCGACGGCGGCGACCGGCGGCGCCGACUGACGCCGCCAUGUGCUGCGACAACUGCGGAGGCCUGCUGCAGCUGCUCGAGACCUACGAGCAGCAGGUGCGGCAGAAUGGCGUCAACGAGAGACCAGUGCUGGCACCGCCGCAGGUCGAGGUGCUCGCAGACUUUGUGCACGCGUGGCCUCAGAGACACUGUGCAUGCGUGCUGCGGGCUAGCAACUUUGAGCGUUUCAACCUGGUGCUGCAGAGUGUGAUAUGCGCAUCGGUGCUGCAGCUCAAGGCCCUCAAGGCGGAGGGCACCGAUGCAGCGACGGCGGCCGCCUCUGGAAGCAACGGCUGGACUCUGGAACGCCGUCUCCAGCUGCUCUCUCUCCUCUCGAAAAUGUUCACAAUCAAUUUCCCCUUGUACUUGGCAUACAAGCACCACGCACACCCAAAAGUUGAGGAAAUGUGCGAGCAGGAGGCCUCCAUGUUGAGCUCCUUCUGCGAUUUGGGAGACGGACCCCUUGGCGGCGAGGGAGCCCCCUUGUGGCUGCUCAGAUAUGUGUGCCUCUUCUGCAAGAGUGGAGGACUCUUUGCCGCUGCUGAGCUCUUCGAAGAAGGCGUUCACCUAGAGGUUGGAGUUGCUCAGGCGGUGGUGACUGUGGUAUGCAACCUGAAGCAGUGGCUGAACGGUCGAUCGGUUGGCCAGUUGCUGGUGCCCCUCAGGUCGCGGGUACUGCGCUUCCUGUGUCGCCUUCCAGAUCGAGAGCUUCGCUUGCCAGCCGCCAAGGCACUCGCCGAACUGGUUUGGGCUCUGGCGCCCCCUACUUCAGCGCCCCCACAGCUUGACCGGGACGGUCUUGAGUUGGCCUUUAAGUAUUUUGGCAGCUCCACACUCACAAUGCGGCUGGCGGGUCUCGCUCAUCUCAAUCUCCACCUCAACCUCUGCACCGAGCUGGCCGGCGCUGACGCUGCUGCAGACCACUGUGCUCGCGCACUUGCCGAUUGGCUCAUUGAGCGUGACGUUGUUUCACACAUUUUCGGCCCUAAUCUUCAUGUUGAGGUUAUAAAGCAGAGCCAGUUAGUUCUGAGCUUCCUAGCGAUGGAAGGUCGGUUGACCAAUGAGCAUUUAGACGUAAUUUGGGCGGCUGCUCAGCAGAAGCACUGCGCCCGGCAGGUGCACGACCUGCUGCCGCCGCUGAUCAAGCACUUGGAGGCCAGGCCCGUGCUGCACCUGUACCGCCUGCUCUGCCGACUGGAGCCCAAAGAACACACCGAGCAGAGUCUCUUCCUUGCCGCAGCCCUAAUUAAAUUCAUAUGGAGCUCCAGUAGCUCAGACGCUAUUCUUAAAGCGCUACCAGCAAGGCCUCACUCGGCCACUUCUGACGAAAACAGUGUUAGUAUGGAUGAGGAAGAUGAGUCUGAGGACGGUCGCAAGACCGCCAGCACUGCAAGUGACAAAAGACCGCCGUCAGAGAGUUCAGUAGCCAGCAGUGGCCGACCGGCUUCGCGCCGCGCCCUGCUGCGUCCAACGACAAGCCCUGAUUCCGACGAGGAUAAUAAAAUGGUUUCACAGUUCAUGAUGGUUGAUGAGGACGAUGAUGAACGAUCACAGUGUAAAAUGUUCCAGGCGAGUAGUGCUGGAGGCUUGCGAGGCAUGCUGGGCCCUGAAGCUAUUGUGGUGGGCGCCGAGGGAGGUCCAGUUAGCGUGACCAGUCCCUUCGAAGGCCCUCCUGGCGGAUCAGGCCCCGGAGCCCAUUCUGAAGAGGAAGACGAAGAGGGCAGUUAUUCAUCCCGAAUGAGCACCAAGUCUGAGAAAAACAUGGCCGACUUUGAAGGCGAAGAUGAGGAGGAAGAGCUGUCGCAGCUAGCAGCCGCCUCGGCCGUGGCAGUCGCAGCUUCCGCUGCUGCGGCCGCAGCAGUGGCUGGUGAAGGUCCUCGGCUGCUGCAGCUCUUCGGAGGUCCCAGGUUUCAUCAUCAUCAGCGGGUCACAGACGCGUCCGCAGUGUUUGCUCAGUUCAACGUCGAGGAGGUUUGUGCUGAAGGCAACACAUUAUUGUGGGACCUUCUUCAGGACGAGACUAUCGAGCAGUUGUCAGACGGACUUGCCCUCGAGGCUGAAAAAGCUAUGGCCAACUUGCUCUGUUAUAAUGUGGAUAGGUACAUCAGACUCAAGUUUGUGGAAGGGUGUCUGGACAACCUGAAAAAGAACAGAUGCGUUGUGGUAUCUCUACGUUUGUUGCCCAAGCUGCUGCAGUCCCUGCAGGGCGUCGGCGGAGGCCGAGGGGCUAUCAGCUGCAUACCUAGCGUCGGAUUUGAGCAUACUGCCGUGUGGGCGGAACACGAGCACCACAUGAUGGCCCACUUUUUUGCCAGCUUGGAGGCCCUGCGGAGGGAAGGGCCGCGCCAUCCAAAUUUGUUCCCUCUCCACCUUGAGCUGCAGGUCAGACUCAACUUUCUCACAGCUGUCUACUCCACCCCCGUGACGCCGGACAACUUCAGACUUUCCCUAGAACAAGUGGACAUCUUGUGGCGAUGUUUGUCUGAAGAGGGUCGCUGCUCGGACGAGCUGGCUGCCUGGCUGCUGAGCCAGGCGCGCAGCACGGGAGGCCACGGCCCACCUGAACUGCAUGCCCUGUCGCUGGAGGCCCUUAAACAUCUUUACCUGCACAAAUUGCCGAGCGUGCGGCCGGAGACGAUCAGCAUGGUGGGCCUGUCGCUGUUCCAGCAGCUGUGCAAUCUGGCCCGAAUGGCCCAGUCCGCCCCGCAAGCCACCCCUCUCGCCCCUCUCAAGGGUGUAGACCCCAUUGGCUUGCAGCACCUCUGGAAGGUGGCUCUCAAAGCCAAGAAUACUGAAGUGAGCAUGGCAGCGAUUCAGUACUUGAACAGCUUCUACGUUGGACGGCAGUUGGAGCUGGAAGCCGAGUUUGUCGAGCAGUGCAUGGCCCAGUUGCAAAUGGCAACCGCUGAACUGGGCACAAACCUUGAGCUCAGCCUCACCUACAUUCAGCGAGCGAUCAUGCUGCUCAGGUCGCAUUUAGAGAUAUUUAGAAGAAGGUACGCUUACCACUUACGCCGUUGGCAGUUGGAAGGUGAAGGUGUUGUGUCCCACAUGGGUCAAGUGGGGAUUGGGGACGGGACAGCAUUGAGAGUUGUAGUGCAACCGGCUGGAGUGCCGGACAAAGCGACUCUGGAACUACAGUCUUGUGACCUGGUGGCUGAGCUACGUGCCGAGGUGGCUCACUGGUACGAGGGCCUGCAGGCGCGCUCGCUACUGGCGCCUGCUGCCCCCCAAAGUACGCCUGUGUUAGGAUCUCUGCUCGCUGACGGCCCUAUUAGAAUCAUCACGCAAGGCCAGGAGCUCAGCACUGAAUUUGACGAAAAGACUUUGCAUGAAAUGGGUUUCAAGGAUAACCAGUUGAUCUUCAUUUCUAUGGGCGCUGCGAGACCAAACAAGAAGCGUGAUGAGGCGGCGUCCCUUCUUCCUCCGCCGCCUAGAGACUCAUUGCCAACCCUCUUGCUACUUCAGCAGAAGUACUUUGACCAGCUUUUCCAGCUUCUGCACACCCUCAGCUCUCUCCAGCCAGCUGACGUGAACAUGAAGGCUCCUGUGCUCUCUCGGCGCGUGUGGGAAAUUCUUACGGUCCUGCCGACCAGCCCAACGCUGUUGAAGGGCUUCCAGGCAAUAGGGACGCCAGGCAGCGCCCCUCUAGAAUCUCUACUUGACCCCUGCAGCCCCCAAAAAUUAAUGUAUUCUUUACAUAUUAUCGAAUCACUCAACAAAGCAGCUACCAAGAGACUUAAGGCACACGAGGAAGAAUCAAAUGGCGGCGCGGAAGGUGGUCUGUGGAGUGAGCGUUUCAUCCGAGCUGGAGGCUUAAAGCAUUUGCUCUCCAUAUUCGCGUCUGGGGUGCUGCAGGGCGCUGGCGAGUGGCAGCAGGACUGCUUGGCCCAGUUGCUCAAGCUACUUUGCCAACUUGGAGUGGCCCACGAAGGUCCUCAGGGCAGCAACGCUGAUGCUAGAAAAGCAAAGCACCGACUGGCUGAAAGACUUGCUGUGCACAGGCUCAAUGAACAAACUUUGCAACUCAUGCCGACUGAAUCAACAAUGGACCGCAUCACUAGCAUUCUCCUGGAGGCGGCUGAACAGAGCCGUGGAGGUGGCGGAGGCGGCCUCUGGGGCCGUGCGCAGGUUGUGCACUUUGCAAUGGCGUUGCUAGUCUCCUGGGUGCAUUCUUCUGAAGAGGCCAAGACUGCUCUCUUGUCUUGUGGUCGACUGCGCGUGUGGCUUCAACGCCUAGUGCUGGAGGAUCCUGAGGCUUCAGUGCGCAGGGAGGUUUGCGCAGCCCUGUGCAGAAUGUGCAUCAGUCCAGAAUCUUCCUUGUCACCGCCCCUGCUGGCGCAGCUACUGCACUUUUUGUCCAUUGCUCAGGAAAUGAAACCUCCACUACCAUCCUCAGACUACCAUGACGAGUCAAAGGAGUUCUUUGGUCCUUCGUCAAAAGACUACUUUUGGUUGAUGUGUCAACUGAUGGACAAUCUUUCAAACGCUGCCCAUAAUGUGGACCUAGAGGAGUUGGCGUCACGUGUUGCAGAGGCCAUCGAGGCCAGGGACUUUCUCGAUUCUCGGCCGCGCGAAGAUGAGGGGCUCGUGGGGCUUCUCAACCUGGCCACUAAUAUUGUCAAGCAUGAUCCACCCUUCAAGACAACAAAGGAUGGUGGUCUGCGUCUCCUCUCCACAACUUUUGACAUGCUGUUUAGCCUUCCUGACCCUUCUAAUAGACUGCUGCCAAAGUGCAAAUCGAAUGGUGCUCGCACCUCUGCUAUUGAACUCCUGCUGGAGCUGUGCCGGCGUGCGCCAACAAACUUCGCGCAGCUGCACAGCCGCCUGCUGGCCCAGCACGUAAGGGAGCCCAUGAGGAACAGCCCCGGAGGCAGCCAGGGUCAAGUGCCCUGGGAUUACUGGCCUCACGAGGAUGGCCGAGCUGACUGCGGCUUUGUGGGUCUGACCAACCUAGGCGCCACGUGCUACAUGGCUGCGUGCGUUCAGCACCUGUACAUGAUGAAAGAGGCCAGGGUGGCCAUCCUGAGGGCCAAGCCGGACUCUGCGGCCAAACAUGCGGCGGCCCUUGAAGAGCUGCAGCGCAUGUUCGCCUAUUUGCUCGAGUCAGAGCGGAAAGCGUAUAAUCCAAGAAGCUUCUGCCGCGUUUACCAGAUGGACCACCAGCCACUCAACACCGGCGAACAGAAAGACAUGGCUGAGUUCUUCAUUGAUUUGGUCUCAAAGCUAGAAGAGAUGACCCCAGAGUUGAAGCGGCUUGUCAAACGACUUUUUUGUGGACAGCUUUCCAACAACUUUGUAUCACUGGACUGUGCUCACGUGAGCCGAAACGUGGAAGAGUUUUACACUGUGCGGUGCCAGGUGGCGGACAUGCGGAAUCUUUACGAAAGCUUGGACGAGGUCACUGUCAAAGACACCCUGGAGGGUGACAACAUGUACACGUGCUCUCAGUGUGGGCGAAAAGUGAGGGCGGAAAAGAGGGCUUGUUUCAAGCGCUUGCCGCGCAUCCUCUGCUUCAACACUAUGCGCUACACGUUCAACAUGCUGACCAUGCUGAAGGAGAAGGUCAACACGCACUUCUCCUUUCCACUCAGGCUCGACAUGUCGACUUACGUAGAGAAAAACCUGAUGCCGCAACAUCACCAAGGAGAAGCUAGUGAAGCUGAGUCAGCGAAUGGAGACUCCAGCACUAAAAAGGAGGAGGAGGGUUUGGAGUACCAGUUAAUCGGUGUAACUGUCCACACUGGCACUGCUGACGGUGGCCACUACUACUCAUUCAUCCGAGCGACUGAUAAGUGGUUCCUCUUCAACGACGCUGAGGUGAAGCCUUUCGAUUCAAAUCAACUAGCCACUGAAUGCUUUGGAGGAGAAAUGACGAGUAAAACCUAUGACUCGGUGACUGACAAGUUCCUGGACUUCAGUUUUGAAAAAACCAACAGCGCUUACAUGCUCUUUUACGAGCGCGUCGAUCCUUCGGGAGAGACGGUAGGCAAUAGAGAAACAAUCAAUGGUCAUGGGGAGACUAUAGAACUGAGCAAAGACCUGGAAGAUUGGAUCUGGAAUGACAACCGCAGUUUCCUGCGCGAUAAAAACAUUUUCGAACAAUCCUACUUUCAAUUUGUAUGGCAAAUGUGUAGCUACGUGCCACAAAGUCUUCCUGUAGGCGCAUUUCCUGAUGAGCAGCUUGCUCAGCUCACAACCUCUUUCUUCCUCGAAACUUUUGUCCACGCCAAGGAAAAGAACCUUUGGUUGCAGCCAAUGUUGGUUCAAUGGGUGGACUUGGUGAGUCGGCAGCUGAGCGCCUCGCGGGCAGCUGGUGAAUGGUUCCUCGGGCACAUGGCUUCCGACCCUUGGUGGCCUCACGAGCUUUUUAUCCGUUGCCCCAUGCAGAAUGUGCGCUCGACCUUCCAGCGUCUGUGCUUGCUGAUAGUGUCCAAGCUCCGGCCGCAUCACGCACCCUUGUACGCCAAAAGCUCCGAUCCAAACGCCUCCUGCGUCACAAGAUUCGUAAGCACCCUGCUCAACAUGCUGGAUCCGAGCGCUAAAAGCCACAUUAGACACCUGACAGAAUACUUCGCCUUCCUGCACGAGUUCUGCAAGCUGGGCGAAGAAGAGUGUCAGUUUUUGAUCUCUAUCCACGCCAUCGCAAGUUUUGUCUUCUUCCUUGUCGGACCUCUUGAUGCUGCUGGUGAAAUGCUUAGUAUAAGUGAUGAAGAAGAUGACGAAGAGCUAGUGGCUGCACUCCCCACUGCUGACAAGUUCAAACCUACUUCCCUCGAGAAAAUGAUCACAUUGGUUGCAAUGCUGGUGGAGAAGUCAAGAGCCGAGGACCAGCGCCUCCAGCUGUCUCAGGUGGACCUAUCUGCAAUCACUGGUGGAAAGGGCUUUCCAUUCCUGUACCUGCAGACAAAGGAGUCGAUAAAUCUCCAGCAGACGCGCAAUUUGAUUUUCGCCCUGACGCGUUACAACGAGCGUCUUGCCGCUCAAAUUGUCUCAAUGGUGUUCUCGGCCGUGGCCAAGCACUCCGAGGCUGGCGCAGAGAAGGCCUCUGGGGGCAGCGAUUCAAAAAGCUGGCAGGCUUGUCAGCCCUUCUUCAAGCUCCUCAGUCUGCUGACAGAUCCCGGAGGGCCCGGCGGAGGUCCUGCAGGGCUGCCCUGCUUUUCGCAGCUCAUCGUGACUCGAAUUUGGGAGGCUGCCGAGUGCUGCCCCCAGAGCAGUCUCGAGUGGCUCACGGUGCAGGUGCCAAGAAACAAACUGGCCGCCUCCUGGGUGCUCGAUUCGCUUGACAAAUGGGUCGAACCCUACCUUUUGGCUCACAAUAAUCAGCGAGUCAGAGCAGCUGCUGCGAAUCUUCUGGUGGCUUUGGUACCAAACGCAAACUUCAAGAAUCAAUACCGACACCCACGCAACAUAUUGGCCAGCGGGGGGCGUGCUGGGGGCGUUGGAGACCCAGUUAUGAGCCCAGAGGCGACGCAAGUACAACACAAAAUUUACGGGCUACUGCUCGGCCUGCUGAAACCAGCUCGGCAAUACAUUGACGCGGCGGUGCACGGCACGACCAAACUAGGCGUAUUCUUCGCCCUCAUCACACACUUUGCCACCUCACGCACUGAGAAACUCAUGUUUGGCCAAUACUUUUCGGACCUGUGGCACAUCUUCCACCCAAAGCUGUCUGAACCUGCCAUCUCGAUUAACCACAACAAGCAGACAUUGCUUCUCUUUUGGUAUCACGUUCUCACCGACUGUCCUGAAAACGUCACUCUCAUACUUCAAGACACUGCCGUUGUCAAGAACAUCGCAUUCAACUACAUUUUGGCUGACCACGAAGACCAAGAGCUGCUUUUGUUUAAUCGGCACAUGCUUCCUCCGUACUAUGGAAUUCUGAGGUUGUGCUGUCAGCAGUCACGGACUUUCACCCGACACCUUGCCAACCACCAGAAUCUUCAGUGGGCUUUCAAGAACAUCACCCCCUACCAUAUACAUUAUUCAGACGCGGUGGACGAGCUGUUCAAGCUGAUGCAGCUUUUUGUGACCAAGUAUCCAGACUCGACUGAACAAGAGCUGAAUGACAUCUCCAACUUCCGUAAAUCAACCAUACAACUCUACCUUCAGACUAUCGAGGGUAGAAGUAACUGGUCCACCCUGGUGGCAGCUCUGCGUGUUUUGAUAGAUACUGAUGAAGACAGACUUUUUCUUGUGCAGCAAGGAGGACUUUCUAAUCUCUUUGAGGCGCUGGCUGCUGUUCACGUGAUGUAUCACGAGGCCACGGCAUGCCACAUCGGAUCCGAUUUUGUGGAGCAGCUCAUCGUUUUGCUGGAUAUUUUAAGAACCCUGCGCCUGGCUCGUGAAGACGGGCGAGAAGUGGCAGCCUUAGGUCUUCGGGAGGCUGCUGGCGAGGCUGCCCGCCGACUGGCCACCCUGCUGAACACGUACAAUCCUGCUGAGCUGCGUUCUGUCGCUGUGACCAUCCUUACUGAACUGGUGCUGCUGCAGCCUGCUGAAGUGGUGGGCACCCUGGUGCCGUUGCUCACGCACUGCCACCUGGCCUACCAGGAGGCAACCAACGCCCUUCCUUUGGGACCGUUCUUUCCCAGAAGGGGCCACAAAAUCCCGCCCACCUUCAAAAACAACGUGCGCCCACAAAGACCCAUGGUCCAGAUGAUUGUGCCACACAUACAUCUUUCUGUCGUCAAGGGUUGUGACGAGGAGUUGGAACGCGCUUUAUUGGAAUUCUAUGAGCCGUACCAUCGUUUGAUCGACCUCAUAGUGCGAGUUGCCCUGAAGACGCAUUUGGCCACGGAGGCCCUUGUAAACCUGAGCGCGAUACUCGGCCUUGAAGGUCUUCCCCUCCAACUGGAUAUGUUUCCCUGCCUGUGGAACCAAGUGGUGCAAGCCUGCGAAGCUACAUCUGAUGCCGUCCCAAACCAAGACAAACGACACGAGAACCACCGCUUGCCAAGGCUCAAUGAACUGCAAUCGGUGGAAGGAGUCGAUGCUCGCUUCGUCCAGAUGCUGGCGGAAAACGCCUUUCUUGUUAACUAUGUAGAGACUGUGCUGCUUGACGAACGGCUUGCCCUCAACAGACCGCCUGUCCACGAGUUUGUUGCAACCUUCUUGCCAAAGGUCCAGCGGCAAGUCGUGAAUGACCAAACGCGAGCAGUGGUGGGCAAGUUGGUGGAAGAGCUGGUGGGUGUGGCCGCGUCCCUCGACCUUCAGGCGCAGGCUCACGCCCUGAACGCCGACCUGCGCGCCCUGGCGCUUGCCCUGAGAGCCAACGCGGCUCCGAGCAUUUCUCCAAGAUUGGCGCCCGCACUGCGGCUGCUGGAGGAGCGACUGAAGCCCGAGGAGGGCCACGAGGAGCCCCUGAGCAACCCCGCCGGGGGCGGCAGCCCCUCGGACGCGAAGAAGGCGCGCCUCGACUCGUACGACGGACUGACCAAUGGCGACGACCAGCGGGGGGUGUGGCCCGCGACCCUGCGAAAAACACUGGCCGACCUGCGCGCCGCCCUGCCCCCCACCGGUGAGAACUGCGCCCCCUAGUCUCUCAGUGGGCCCCCUCGGUUGCCCCCUUGGGGCCCCCGAGCCUUUGUGACUCAUGAUUAUUUUUGUUCUCAUUCAACUUGUUGAUGAUGUUCGAUGAUCGAAUGAUAGAUUUUUCUGUGGCUGUGCUCGCUCAACUCUGAUGAACGAUGAUAACUCGCGGUUAAAUUAAGAAACUCUGUUAAUUGACUAAAGAAUUAAUUAAGCACUGAAGUUGAAGAGAAACCAGCAGACUGCCGAUUCGUGAGAAAACUGAAAGAUAAAUUAUGAAGUCUCCUCUUCGAGAGUGAAAAACAAAGUGUUCCUUUUCCCCUCCUUCCCAGAUAGACCUGACCCCUCCCCCCUUUUCAGCCCAACACACCACACCAGAGAAAGUUUGUUUUGGGUGUAAACAUAAUUAAAAAGUAAUAUGACGAUGAUGCAUUUUUUAAGCUUAAAAAUUUGCGACGAAAAUUUAAUUUCGCUCAUUUACGAGAGAAUGUUCAGAUUUGUCGAAUAAAAAACGC